AUGAAGGUAGACCCAGAAAUCUCCCUCCGUGUGAAGAAGCUGUCAGAGACCGCUGUUCUUCCCAAACGAGGGUCGGCGAGUGCUGCCGGUUACGAUCUUUCAAGUGCACAUGACAUCACCGUUCCUGCAAGAGGGCAAGCACUCGUCAAGACUGACCUCGCAGUCGCCAUUCCGCUGGGGACUUACGCUCGAGUGGCUCCUCGCUCUGGCCUCGCCCUGAAGCAUUCCAUCAACGUGGGAGGCGGCGUGGUUGACUACGAUUACCGUGGAAAUGUGGGAGUGAUUCUCUUCAAUCAUUCUGACAAGGACUUCCCUGUGAAGGUCGGAGACAGAGUUGCACAGCUGAUCCUGGAGCGAAUAGUCACUCCUGAUGUUGUGGAGGUGGAAGAGUUGGAUGAGACCACACGGGGGGCUGGAGGUUUUGGCUCCACAGGUGGCAGUGAUGCUUUGAAGCAAAUAUAG